CACACGGACUGCCCUUUCCAGAACGCCCUUAGCCAGAUAAUAAAGGAGGUCGCCGCCGUCCGUCGUGGCCUGUCCCGGCUUUUGAGCGUUCGUGUCCCUCACCCGCCACCUGCUCUCUUUUGGUUCCCAGGAUGCCGAUGUACCAGGUAAAGUCCUAUCACGAGGGCUGCGCAUCUCUCCGUGUGGACCUUCCCACCUGCAUGUACCGGCUUCCCAACGUUCACUGCAGGACCAGCCGCCCAGCGCCCAAUGCGGGACACGUGCAGGGAGAGUCUGACCCAUCUCUUCAAGCUCUUGAGUCCCACCAAGAUGACAUUUUAAAACGUCUGUAUGAAUUGAAAGCCGCCGUCGACGGUCUCUCUAAGAUGAUUCAGACGCCAGAUGCAGACUUAGAUGUGACCAACAUAAUCCAAGCCAGUGAGCCAACUGCUAUAUCGAGCAGUGCGUUAGACUUAAAUCCAGUGCUUGGAAAGGAUUACGGGGCACUCAAAGACAUCGUGAUUAAUGCGAACCCCACCUCGCCGCCUCUGUCCCUGCUCGUGCUGCACCAGCUGCUCUGUGACCACUACAAGGUCCUGUCCACUGUUCACACGCACUCAGCAGUCAAGAACGUGCCAGAAAACCUUCUCAAGUGCUUUGGCGAGAAGAAGAACACACAGCCCCGCCAUGAGUACCAGCUGGGUUUUACUCUAAUCUGGAAGAAUGUGCCAAAGACUCAAAUGAAGUUCAGUGUCCAGAGAAUGUGUCCCAUUGAAGGGGAAGGGAACAUUGCACGUUUUUUGUUCUCUCUGUUUGGCCAAAAGCAUAAUGCUGUAACUUCAACCCUUAUAGAUAGCUGGAUAGAUACAGCUAUUUUUCAGUUAAAAGAGGGAAGCAGUAAAGAAAAGGCCGCUGUGUUCCGCUCCAUGAACUCUGCUCUUGGGAAGAGCCCCUGGCUCGUUGGGAAUGAACUGACGGUGGCCGACGUGGUGCUCUGGUCUGUGCUCCAGCAGACGGGGGGCUGCAGUGUGCCCGUGCCCACCAACGUGCACAAGUGGAUGAGGGCCUGUGAAAACCUGGCCCCAUUCAGCAUGGCCCUCAAGCUCCUUAAGUGAGUCUCAGGAACCAAUUUUAAAGGGCUUAGAUUUUAAGAAGGACGCUGUUUCGUGCCGGUGGUUGGUAAAAGGACUUGUACUGAAAUCAAAGUCUUUUCGGCCAGUUGUCAAGUAUCAAUAAAAGCACUGUAUGAUU